UUUAUCCACUGCGUCGUCUAUCGAGAUCGUUGUCGUUCAAAGCAUUGUGACGUGACGUCAUUAAAUUACCUACGUCACAAUCACCUAAUUGUGACGUCAAAGAUUUAUACCCAAUCUCGAAAAUGAAGAUUCUCCAAAAUAAAGGGAAAACCCAAAGACCAAGUUCGGAAAUUGGCGGUACAUCAAAAGAGGUUCGAGAUUUACGGAAAAGGCUCUCCAGACUUCCCUGCAGAAAUCGUAAUGUUUGCGUCGACUCCGACAAUCCACAUACUCUAGGCACAGAGCUCAAAAUUCGACUUGCCAUGCAUUCUCCAGUCUUGCGUGAGAUAUCGAAAAACAGGAACGUUGUGCAAGUUCAGUCCACUCGGCCAAAAUAUCGUCAUGUGCCCAUCUACGAUAUUGACUCUGAGCAAGACCCCGAACUCCUGUGUGAUAUCAAAGUAAGGAUGCUUUGCGCAAGAUCCCGAACUCCUCUUUGA